AUGGGCUUAUUGAGUCAAGGCUCACCGCUAAACUGGGAAAAUACCAAGAAGUAUGCGGAUCACAUCAGAACUCACGGCAUCCUUCAGUUUGUCAACAUUUACAACAAUCUGAAGGACCGACAGAAGGAUGUGCUGAAAUGGGGCGAUGAGGUUGAGUAUAUGUUAGUGGAACUGGAUGACAAGGAAGAAAAGGUUCGACUGGUGCUGAAUAGUUCUGAUGUUUUGGAUACCCUUCAAAGCCAAGGUGAAAUGAUAAAUCCCAACCACCCCACACUUUGGAGGCCAGAAUAUGGCAGCUACAUGAUAGAGGGAACUCCAGGGCAGCCCUAUGGCGGCACCAUGUCAGAGUUUAACACUGUGGAGAGCAACAUGGGGAAGAGACGACGAGAGGCUUCUUCUGUCCUGAACCAAAAUGAAAUUGUAUGCACAAUCACCUCAUUUCCAAGGCUGGGUUGCCCUGGUUUUACGCAGCCUGAACACCCACCAACGCCUGUUGAGAGCGGGGCGUCGAAGUCACUGUUUUUCCCGGAUGAAGCCAUUAACAGACACCCAAGAUUCAGCACCCUUACCAGGAACAUAAGACACAGACGAGGGGAGAAAGUAGCAAUCAAUGUGCCGAUCUUCAAAGACAAGUGCACACCAUCUCCAUUCAUAGAGGAGUUUACUGAAGACGACGGGGAGUCUGCAAGGGCAGCUCUGCCUGACCACAUCUACAUGGACGCUAUGGGCUUCGGGAUGGGCAACUGCUGCCUGCAGGUUACAUUCCAGGCUUGCAGCAUUGAUGAGGCAAGAUACCUUUAUGACCAACUAGCGACAUUCUGUCCAAUAGUGAUGGCUCUGAGCGCUGCCUCUCCCUUCUACAGAGGACACGUGUCAGACAUUGAUUGUCGCUGGGGGGUUAUUUCUGCCUCAGUGGAUGACCGGACACAGGAGGAACGUGGACUCAAGCCUUUGAAAAACAACAAAUACAGAAUCUUCAAGUCAAGAUACGACUCCAUUGAUAGUUACCUGUCUAAAUGCGGCGAGAAAUACAACGACAUUGAUUUGACAAUCGAUGAGGACAUCUACAAGCAGCUGCUAGGUGCAGGAAUUGACAAGCUGUUGGCCCAGCACAUUGCUCACCUCUUCAUCAGAGAUCCGCUCUGCACCUAUGAGGAGAAAUUGCACCAGGAUGACGAGAAUGAGUCGGACCACUUCGAAAACCUCCAAUCUACUAACUGGCAGACAAUGAGGUUCAAGCCACCACCUCCAAACUCUGACAUCGGCUGGAGAGUUGAGUUCCGCCCAAUGGAGGUUCAGCUCACUGAUUUUGAGAACGCUGCCUAUGUUGUCUUUGUCGUCCUACUCACCAGAGUCAUCUUGUCCUACAAACUGGACUUCCUCAUCCCAUUAUCCAAGGUGGACGAGAACCUUAAAGUGGGACAGAGGAGGAACGCCGUGCAGGAGGGAAUGUUCUAUUUCCGAAAAGACAUCUUCAAAGGAUGCAACCCGGGUCUGGACGCCAACUCUUCGGCCCAGAAUGGUUGCGAGACAGAUGGAGCUAACGAGGAGUACACGCUAAUGAGCAUCGAUACUAUCAUCAACGGAAAAGAGGGCGUUUUUCAAGGGCUCAUCCCCAUCCUCAAUUGCUAUCUGGAGAACAUGGAAGUUGACGUGGACACCAGAUGCACCAUUUUGAAUUACCUGAAGCUCAUCAAGAAGCGUGCCUCAGGCGAACUGAUGACGAUGGCCAAGUGGAUGAGGGAGUUUGUGGCCAAGCACCCCGAGUACAAGCAGGACAGCGUCAUCAGUGACAAAAUCAACUACGAUUUGUUCGUGAAGUGCAACAGAAUUGCCAAGGGCGCCGAACAAUGCCCCGAGCUCAUUGGGAAUCCAGUCAACAAGGUUAAGUGA